AUGUUUCUGGUGGCGCCGGCGCUGGUGGUGGCGGCGGUGGCGGCGGCGGCGCUGCUUGUGCGCAGCGGCGGCGCGGCGGCGCUGGUGAGGUGCUGGCGAGUGAUGCUAGCAGCGACGGCAUGCGUGCUGUCCGUGCUGAUGCUAGAUGACACCCUCCGCGCGCAUGUGGCUGUGGGUCGCUACUUCUUGGCAACGCUGAGGGCCAGCACUGCAUGCCUGGUUGGAUUCUGCGGCCUAGUGGGGCUGCUGGGGCCGCCAGAGUCCGGUGGAUUCAGCUCCGACCAGACGAGGGAGUGGCUGCAGGCGUUGGGGCUUGCCGCCGGUGUCGCCACGUCCGGAGUGGGAGGCGGCACGCUGCUGCUGGCAGCAAUGACGCUCCACAACCCGAACAACAACAGCAGCAACAGUGGCGACGGCGACGCGACGAUGAUGGUGAUGAUCGACUGGCUGUCGCUCACGUUGUACGGCAUUUUGCUGCUGCUAGUCGCCGCCGGCUGCUUAUCUCGAUUGCUGGAAGUCCAGGUGCCGCUGUUGGAGCUGUGGGUUCAGGGACUGAGGAUGCUGAUGAGGCAGAUGAGGGUGAGCGACCCGUGCCAGUGCCAAGCCGACCGGGAUGUCACCUGGCUGUUGGUGAAGGGGGCGGACUGGGCAGCCGCCACCGCCCGGAUGCUUUGGAGGGCCCUACGUCGAAGCCUAGGCCGGGUCACAGCGCUGCUGCAACGGGGUCGCGAGCAUCACCAUAUGCGUGACGCAGCGACGGCUUCUUCUAACAUGAAGCCGUCGCUGCAUCCCGCAUAUACCCUCACUCCCGCCAACCUGCUGAACACUCCGCUACGUCCGUCCUGUUCGUGGUGUGAUUUGCUGGUCGGCGUGAAGGGGCUGUUGCAGCCCCUGCUGCGGGGGUUCGCGGCGGGGCUGCGGGUACUGGGCUCGGGGCUCCGAGCCGCAUGUUUUGCUGCGGCGUCGAUGUUCCUUCGAGAGGCAGUGACGGCACGAGCGGUGCUGCCGUACGGUGCGGCGGGGGCCGUGGCGGCCGUUAUCGCUGCGUUGAUGGCCGGCAAGACCAUGAGGAAAAGCCGCUUCGAAGCCCUCUCAUGUCUUGGCGCCGUCCUGGAACGUUACGCCGCCGCUGCCUACAUUCACCUCGACCUGGGCCUCAGCAAGCCGGCGGCUCGUGUACUCCGCAACGCCAUGGCCGCUGCCGUACUAACGGCCCAACUCCUGGCGGCGACGGGCCGCCAGGCUUUGGCGCUGCUGGCUGUGCCGCUGGCGGCCGUCCUGACGGCUUCGCUGACCGUGGCGGCGUGGUUUUGGCGCCGUGUCGGAAGGGUGCUGUAUCCGUGGGUGGCGGCGGCUUGGCGCUGCGGUUGCGCCGCUGCGACGACAAUCUGGUCGCAUCCUGAAUGGUCGUUGGUGCUGGCGGCGGUAGUGCUGGCGGCGUCGUACGGCGCGCACGCGGCGCAGCUGCCGGCGGCAGCAGGGCGCCUGGCGGCGGCGUGGGGAGCGGCGGCUGGGGACCGAUGCCUCUCACGCUUCGUGUUCCCGCUGCUGCACCGCCUCGCCGGCCUGACGGGCCGCGCUGCCGUACUGCUGGGGCCGGGCUUUAUGGCGGUUUCGGCGCAAGCCGCCGCCGUCGCCAACGCGGUAACAGGCUGGGGCCGCCGCUGCGGCUCCGGAACCGACUUGAUUUUGCUGUUUCGCAGCGAAAGCUUCGCGGUUGCCUUCCUCGGCCUCAAUCUGCUUCACGCUUUAGCUCUGAAGGGCUGGGCGGUGCCGGUUCUGGAGGCUCAGGGGCCUGCGGGCCGGGAGGCGGUGUUGCCAGUAAUCAGUUUCUUGGCAAGAAGCUCCGGGAAGGUAGCGUUGGGUCCCAUGUACUUGACGGCCGCGGCAUCCCUUCUGACGGGCAGUCAAAGUGGCUUGGGGGGCGGAAUGGCAGCCCACAUGGCCGCCCUCACCGUUCCCGUGCUGUGGGCUCUGUAUUUGGCGGCUUUAUGGCUGGAGGGAGUACGGCGGCUGUCGUACGACCCAAGGAACAGCAACAACUCGGAGUUUGGUCGAGUGGUGCAAGCUGUGCGUUACACAGGCGCCACUCACGUGAUCUCCACAUCUGCAACCCAAGGCCGGCGCACCACUGCCGCCUUGGCCACCGGCAUGACCACAGCACCGCAUUCAGCCACGACCCUGGCCGCAUUAGUGAUGGUGACAGCGGCAGCGCGGCAUGCGGCCCCAGCGGGGCCCGUGCCUGCACCAACAACUGCCGGUGGCACCGCCGACAGCGACCAGAAGCGCCACGCCUACGCACGUCUGCGUGAAGAGAUUCGGGCACAGGUUCCUCCUGGCAACAUCUUCAACACAGACAUGUGCGCGGUGUGCUUUGAGGCGCUGCACUCCCACAACACGGGGCCCGAUGUAGGUGACGCGAGUUCUUCGGACCCCACUUCUUCGACAGGUCGGCUACAGCAGCAGCGGCAGCAGCAGAUCCGAAGCGCGUCCGGAGGAUGGCGGGGUGUGAGGCAGGUGCCGCGCGAGGGGCUGGGCACGACUGGGGCCAGCAGCGGUGGUGUUGGCGGCCGCUUCGCCACGGGCUCUGCGCCAGGGCAGAACUCUUGGCCAGGGGACGAGGUAGCCACAGGCCGGGAGGAGUCUGCGCAAGGGCGGCUGGUGCUGCGGUGCGGACACUCCUUCCACGAGUGGUGCGUGCUCGAGUGGCUUUUGCGAUCACCCCGAUGUCCCAUGUGCCGGGAGCCGGCCGUGGGUGCAUCGCGCCACAUAAACAUGUUGUUCUGA